AGACCCGGGCGGCCCCGAGGCUGAGGCAGCCGCGUCCUGCAGAGGCUCCUCUCGCGUCCCGUCCCGUCCUACACCCACCCCCGGCGCCUCCGCUUGCGGCGGGCCGGCGCGGCUCUCCCGAGGCCGCGAUGCGCUCGGCCUGAGCGCGCCCUCGCCGCCCCGCCCGCUUCGGGCCUCUACCAAGCCGGGGACCGCGAUGGCUGCGGGAAGCUGGCAGGAGGCGGCGGCCCGGUGGGCUGAGGAGGCGGCCGCCCCGGUGCGGGACGCCUUGUCGGGCGGGCUGGGGCUGCUGCGUGCCGAACUGGGCCUCGAGCUGGGCCUCGACCCGCAGGCGCUGCCCGCCUGGCUCGCCCUGGCGGUCCCGGCCGCGCUGGGCUUCGCGCUGCUGGGGCUGCUGCUGGCCGCGGCCUGCGGGGGCGGCCUCCGCAAGAAGCCGGCGCGGAGCGCGGCCGUGAGGAAGGGUGACGAGGCGGUCGGCGCGGGCCUGACGGCCGGCGGGGGCCAGGGCAAGGCGGCGAGCCCGGGCCCCGGGCAGCUGAACCUCAAAGGGGAUGAGCAGAAGAAGCGAAACAGGAAGAAGCUGCCGGAGAAAGCGGCGCGGCCUAAUGGACGGUCUUUCCUUGAUGUGUCUGAAGAUGAAGUAAUACAAACUGUCCGUAAAGACAAUAUAAAGCAGCCUGUGGAUGUGGAAAAGAAGAAUGAGAAGACAAAGAAAAAAAAGAAAUCAAAGGGAGAUUCCAAAACGGUUCAGGAUACAUCUCGUCUAGAUGGAAAGGAAGUUGAUGAAGGAGCCUGGGAAACAAAAAUCAGUAACAGAGAGAAGCGUCAGCAGCGUAAGCGAGACAAGGUGCUGAACGACGGUGGCUCAGGAGAAUCAAAUCUCCAGGGUAUAGAAAACACAGUUACUGUAUCUAUUGAACAGCUGAUGCCAACACCAUCACUUCCAGUUGGUCUCAGAAAAAAUAAAGGUGAUGCACUUUUGAAUGCACAGAUUAACAGUUCUAAACCUUCAAAGGGGGAGUCAUCAAUUCCACAAGUUUCUCCGGGAUUGAGUGAAAGCCAUACAGUAAAUGGAGGAAGCUGGAAUGAGAAGUCUGUAAAAAUCACCUCACAGAUUGGUGUAGGGGAGGAGAAAUGGACAUCUGUUCCUUCAACUGCAGCUGGGAAGAGGAAGACUGAAACAUUGGCUUGGGGCCAAGACACUGGAGAUGCUAAUGGAAAUGGGAAGGACUGGGGUGUAAGCCUGGUGGGCAGGCCAUGGAAAGAGCGUUCUUUGUUCACUCCUAUUGCUGCUUGGAAUGUGGAUGCACGGAUUAAUACCUCUGAACAGAAUUCUACUUCUUUCUCCUCAUUUGGAUUAACUCCUGGAGUUUCUGGUUCCAACAGUGAAUCGGUUUCUCAGGCUGGUACUUCGGAUUUUCAGUGGGAUUUAAGUCAUGCUCAACCCCCUGUUGAUGACGAAUGGUCUGGGUUAAAUGGACUUUCUUCAACUGAUCCAAGCUCUGAUUGGAAUGCACCAGCAGAAGAGUGGGGAAACUGGGUAGAUGAAGAAAAAGUUGCUUCUGUUCCUCAGCGUGAAGUGAGAUCUGAUACUCAGAAGAUUUCAGAUAACGAAAGAGAAAAAGCAGAGCCAAUUCUUCAGAGUUCUACAAGUGGCAAAUCCAAGAAAAAGAAGAAGAAAAAGAAGAAGCAGGGUGAAGAAGCUAACUCUCCUGCACAGGAUGCUGAAGAAUUGGAUAGAGAAGCUGGAGAGCAAUUUCAGGCGGAUACCUCAAAAGUUCAAGCACAGCAGGAAAGAGCUUUUUCUUUGAAGACCAUAAGUACUAGUGAACCAGCUAAGUCUGAGGAGGCUCCUUCGCUUGCUGUUUCUACUGAGCCAUCUGUAAUUGUAUCAGAGAGUAAUUCUGACAAGAUCGCUUCCCAAGUGCCACAGAUGCUGCAAGAGACAGAUGUUUCUAGUCCCAAUAUUAAGCAAAACAGUGUGCCUCCUCCACAGACAAAGUCUGAAGAAAGCUGGGAAUCUCCCAAACAAGUUAAAAAGAAGAAAAAAGCAAGAAGGGAAACGUGAACUUCCUGAAAUGGACAUGUGUUGCUGAAUAUUGUCAUGAAGAUUAUGCUGUUUAUGCAAUAAUUUGUGAACAUGUACAGAAUUUUAUAUAAAUUUCAAACAAUUUUUAAAAACAGAACUGCUGUGAACACAAACAUCUUUAAAAAGGAAUCAAAUGAAAGUAACUUUAUGAUAUAGCAAACAGAACAUGCUACAUUUGAAAGACAUUCUGAAGAGUCUGUUUUUCCAACUUUUGGAGAGAGAUCUUAAGUUAAACUGGUUUUACAACACAGUGCCCUGUUUACAACAGAUUAUACUCUCAUCUACAGCUGCGGAUAAAAGAUUAAUUUCAAGAAAGGGUUUUCUGUAAAAAUAUCGUCUGUACAAUAGUGGGUGUUUCUUGCCUCUCUUAUGAGUGAUGCAUUAGAAGCACAGAAUGUCAACCAUUUGAAUUUGUUUCAUGCCUAAAUCAAAGUGCUUUGAUUAAAUACAUAAUCUGCCAUAUCUUUACAGUAAGUUGGUUAGCAAGUCUGCUAGCUAUUGCAGGAAUCACAAGUGCAAAUCAUUAAUCAUUUGUACAGUCAAACCUUCAUGGUUUAUUAUAUGAAGUUAACACAAUAAAACUGCUUUGGGUUAAAAGUUUGAGAAUGUGAUUUGAAACUUGAGUAUGGUUCAUGAAGUUAUUUUUUAUAAUGUCUGUUACCUUACUUGAAUUAUUGAAGAUAACAGUAUAUUUUUAAGAAUGCAGUAAUGUGCGUAAAAUUGGUUAUCUUUUUCAUUCCCUACAGUUCUUGGUUGAUUCAGAAUCCCACCUAAAUAAUGUAUUCUUUCAACUUCUAAAUUCAUGAAAUUAACUGAAAUCAAACUUUUCCUUCUCCUAACACUUGUUGACUUACCAUACCCAAUUCUGUUGUCUGUAUUACUAAAACUCUGAACAAAGCCAAGUGAAUUUUUCACUGACAUAUUAUUUGGAUUUCAAAGAUCUGUUGGAGAACUGGAGUAGCUUCAGACAGCUUUAAUUGUCAUUGUCAAAAACAGUUAUCAGGAACACAUUUUUUUACUGCCUUAACCUGUAGUAUGUAGAAUGUGUCUAGACUUCUAGACAGGAGUUAGUGGUUUUUAUAUUAAAAAAAUAAUAAAAAUUAUGCAAGUAAAGCAGUUGUAAAAUAAAGGCCAUUUCCCGCUUGAAACUGUUAAUUAAAAUGGCAUUGAAGAUGUGUUGUCAUUUUCAGGCACUGUAAUGAUGUGGUAUGGACAUGUUUGUGUCUGUAAGGUACAUGCUCAGCCAUGUACACUGUAAAUAGCCUUUACAAAAAUUGGUUUGCUAAGGAUGGUAUUUAACAUCACCUGGUAAAUUCAGUUAAAGAGUCAGGAUUCUUUUCAAAUUAUUGACUUCUGGUUUUGUGGCACAAACAGAAUUGUUAACAGCUGUAACAUGGUACUGAUCAACAAUCUUGAGCUCUUACUGUACUCGACUGCAGUUUGACAGUAAAGCAAGGCAAGAGCAGAGAAUGCAGCAAGCUGGAUUUAAUUGUACUGAAAAUGCACCUGCUAAAUGGAGAGCUUUCCUAAUAAAUGGAUACUGACUUGCACAGGUAUUAACUCCUGUAUAUCAGGAACAUGACACUCUAAAUUGAUCUGUUAAAAUAAAUUGAGCAUAUUGA